AAUGGAUGAAAAUAGUAAAAUUGUUUUUUUGAAAGCUGUUUCCGAACGAAAAGAGGACCUCUUUGGGCAAUUCUCAAGUAAAUUGACGUGGGAUACUAAGCAAAAGCUGUGGCAGCAAAUUUUUGAUGAAUGUUCUGCCUCCGGUUGUAAAGGCUUGGUGGAUGCUGAACAUUUACGUAAAGUUACUUGGCAGAACUUGCAACGACGAAGUAAAGAAAAGUAUGACAGAAGCAAAAAAACAGGAGAAGGAGCAAUAAAAUUUAAUCAGGUCGAUGACCUUGUUCUCGAUAUAAUAGGCAGAAAUAGCGAUAAACUUGAUGGUGUUGAUGUAUCUGACACAAGACGUCCGAGAACUUCCUUAGAGGAAAAUGCUUUGGAAAAAACAAUUGAUGUAGUCACUUUGGAAGGUUGCAUCUCUCCAAAAAAUAGCGGUUCGUUUCUUGAGGCCAAUUAUUAUAACAAAACUCCAACUUCAACUAAACGUAAAUUUAAAAACAAAGCGGAUCCUUCUGAUGAACUUGAAGAAUUGAAAAAACAAAAACUGAGGGCAGAAAUUGCUAAAACUGAAGCAGAAACGCAAAAAUUAGAUGCUGAGACAAGACUUAUUAAUGCACAAGCAGAAGCUGCUGAAUGGGAGCUUGAAGAAUACAGGAGACGUUUUGAAUGA